AGAUGGAGGAGGAGGAGGCUGUGAGGAAGAGGAGGAUGCCCCAGGACCCCCAGGCAGACAAUGAGCUGCGGAUGGAGACCAAGGAGGACAAAUCCCCCCAGCAGAACCUCAUGGAUGAGGCCGUUUUGUGCAGCCCCAGGGUGCAGGAAUCCAAUGAGAAGGAAAAACCCCGGAGAUCUUGCGCAAGGAGGGGCUCCAAACCCAGGCCAGGGUGCUCUGAGGGGAAAAGACCCACCCUGUGCCAGGAAGGCACUCAGAGCUUCAACCGGGGCUUGGACCGGGUGGUCCAUGAGCAGCUUCACGCUGGGGAGAAGCCCUACAAGUGCUUGGAGUGUGGGAAGAGCUUCAGCAAAAGCACCCGCCUGYUCYRUCACCRGCYGAUCCACACUGGGGAAUG